AAAAUUCCAAUCUGGAUCUACCUACCUGCCUCUUUUGCUCCUGUUUCGGGAUUGCUGAGAACUGGCUGGAGUAAACCACAGCUAUGUGAACAGCUCUUCUUUAUGCAACCAUUUUUGGAAACGUUACCACAAUUUUCCAGCAAAUGUAUGCCAACACCAACCGAUACCAUGAGAUGCUGAAUAAUGUACGGGACUUUCUGAAACUGUAUCAGGUCCCCAAAGGGCUUAGUGAACGAGUCAUGGAUUAUAUCGUCUCAACAUGGUCCAUGUCAAAAGGCAUUGACACAGAGAAGGUUCUCUCCAUCUGUCCCAAGGACAUGAGAGCUGAUAUCUGUGUUCAUCUAAAUCGGAAGGUUUUCAAUGAACACCCUGCUUUUCGAUUGGCCAGUGAUGGGUGUCUGCGCGCCUUGGCGGUAGAGUUCCAAACGAUUCACUGUGCUCCUGGGGACCUCAUUUACCAUGCUGGAGAAAGUGUGGAUGCCCUCUGCUUUGUGGUGUCAGGAUCCUUGGAAGUCAUCCAGGAUGAUGAGGUGGUGGCUAUUUUAGGGAAAGGUGACGUAUUUGGAGACAUCUUCUGGAAGGAAACCACCCUCGCUCACGCAUGUGCCAAUGUCCGAGCACUAACAUACUGUGACCUCCACAUCAUCAAGCGAGAAGCCUUGCUCAAAGUCCUGGACUUUUAUACAGCUUUUGCAAACUCAUUCUCAAGGAAUCUCACUCUUACUUGUAAUCUAAGGAAACGGAUCAUUUUCCGAAAAAUCAGUGACGUGAAGAAAGAGGAAGAGGAGCGCCUCCGGCAGAAGAAUGAGGUCACCCUCAGCAUUCCCGUGGACCACCCCGUCCGAAAGCUCUUCCAGAAGUUCAAGCAACAGAAGGAGCUGCGGAAUCAGGGGUCAACACAGAGCGACCCCGAGCGCAACCAGCUCCAGGUAGAAAGCCGCUCCUUACAGAACGGAGCUUCCAUCACGGGCACCAGUGUGGUCACCGUGUCACAGAUCACACCCAUCCAGACAUCGCUGGCCUACGUGAAAACCAGUGAGUCCCUCAAGCAAAACAACCGCGACGCCAUGGAACUCAAGCCCAACGGCGGUGCUGACCCCAAAUGUCUCAAAGUCAACAGCCCCAUAAGGAUGAAGAACGGAAAUGGGAAAGGAUGGCUGCGACUCAAGAAUAACAUGGGCGCCCAUGAGGAGAAAAAGGAAGACUGGAAUAACGUCACGAAAGCGGAGUCCAUGGGGCUAUUGUCAGAGGACCCCAAGGGCAGCGAUUCAGAGAACAGCGUUACCAAAAACCCAUUAAGGAAAACAGAUUCUUGUGACAGUGGGAUUACAAAAAGUGACCUUCGUUUGGAUAAGGCCGGGGAGGCCCGAAGUCCGCUGGAGCACAGCCCUAUUCAGGCUGAUGCCAAGCACCCCUUUUAUCCCAUCCCAGAGCAGGCCUUACAAACCACACUGCAGGAAGUCAAACAUGAACUCAAAGAGGACAUCCAGCUGCUAAGCUGCAGAAUGACUGCCCUGGAAAAGCAGGUGGCAGAAAUUUUAAAAAUACUCUCAGAAAAAAGCGCGCCCCAGACCUCUUCUCCCAAAUCCCAGAUGCCACUCCAAGUACCUUCCCAGAUACCAUGUCAGGAUAUUUUUAGUGUUUCAAGGCCUGAGUCACCUGAAUCUGACAAAGAUGAAAUCCACUUUUAAUAUAUAUACAUAUAUAUUUGUUAAUAUAUUAAAAACAGUAUAUACAUCUAUAUACAUACAUGUGUAUAUACAGUAUAUACAUAUAUAUAUUUUCACUUGCUUUCAAUAUGAUGAAACCAUAUGGAUUUUGAUAUGUAAAUACUGCAUGUCCAGCUGGAUUCUGGCCUGCCAAAGAAGAUGAUUAUUUAAAACAUAGAUAUUGCUUGUAUAUUAUGCAGUUGACUGCAUGCACACUUUACAUUUAUUUAUAAUCUCUAUUCUAAUACAAAAAAAAGUAUGAUUUUUGCUAACCAAGGCAAUGUAAUAUUUGAAGAAUCAGGGUCCAACCUGCCAAUGUUGCCAUGACAAAUUUGAUCUCAGGCUGAGUAUAUCGAGCUGUCAUUUUCUCACUGUUCUGUUAAGUUAAAAUUCUGGAUUAAUGCCAAGGGAGAGUUCGCCCUUUUAGACCGUCGGUACCGUUUUAUAAUCUCUUUUCAUAGGAUAUUUUUCUGUAACUUAGUGUUAGGUUAUUUUCCCCAACAGGCAGUGUCUGCUCCAUCAAAAUGACUGUUUUGUUGCCUAAAUCAGAUAGCAGUGGGGGACGCUGAGAACGUAUUGCUAUGAGUUUUGUGCAUGAAUUGCAUUUCUGCUCAACUAUACCUCUCCUUUUUUAACACUAUACUUAGAUAGUAAUCAUUAACGCUUAUGUAAGGAAAUCCCUCCUCCGUCUUGGAGAACAGCUGCCAUCUUGUAAGCUGAUUUUACCAACCCCAUAAAUACGAAACUAUUAAUAUAGUGUAUAUUAUUAUAGAAAAGCUGCACCACAGGGUAAAAGGGCCUUUUAACAAUUCAUGUUAGCGAUGCUGGUUUUCCAAAUGUGAUGAGUGUUCUAAAUUUGUACUUCUAAAACUUGUUCAAAGGUGAAGUUGAAAGGCUCUUAGCAAAGAAACAAACAAAACACAUCUAAGUACUCAUAUCAAAAUUUUAACUAUAAUGACAUAAAAUAAAAAAGAAUGUAAGCAGAUAGACAAUAUUUUGUAACAUAUCUGUAACUUAAGAUGAAACACAGGUACAGAAUUGUUCACACAGGAUUCUUAAUGUUUAUAGGGAUAACACAUGAAACAUGGUGACAAAAAAACACUAACAAGUAGAUGUUAAGUUGCUCAGUUCAGAUAACUGCUUUUCUAUAAUUUUAUUCUGGUUACAAUUUUCUAAAGCUUUUUUGCACACAGUUCUACUGCAGGACUUCUGCUGAGUUGAUACAGUAGACUGCUGUGGCUCAGGCAGAUCCAUUUAUGAAAGGGGGUUACUAAAGACUGAAUUUCAGAGUCUUAUGAGUUAUAAAUCCUCUUCCUAGAAAGUGCCUAUUAUCAACUAAAAAAAAAAGUCACAAACAGUUGUGUAUAGCCAGUCCCUUAAGUGGUAUGUAUUGAGAAUAAAAUACAUGUUCAUUUAUAAGAACCCAGAAGAA